ACCCCACUAAAGUCCACCACCACCUGUAAAAAUUCACUGUGAAUUUUCGAAAACACUGGUCCACCUAAAUUUUGCCCCUCAAUCGGUCGCUUGUUUCCCUUCCUUGACCAGAUCAGUGACAACUCCACGGCCGCACACCCGCUUCCUACAUCCUACAAUCUACCCCGGGCUGUGGCUCUGAUACUCGUGGUCGUCUAACGGGAUACCGAACAACGACUAUAUCGGAUAUCUCGACAGCUAAACAGCAAACGUACCCCGCGACCGACUGACGAAGCCUGCCAACAUGUCUCGGUUCUUCCGUAGCGGCGACGACAGCUCCAGCGAGAGCAGCUCCGACGAGGAGGAGCUCUACUCCGAGGAGGAGGAAGAGGAGAAGGACGUAGAUGAAUCCGAAGAAGAAGAAUCCGAGGAGGAUGAGGAGGAGGAUGAGUCUGACGAGGAGAGUAGCGACGAUGAGGGAGUCAAGAAGACCGGUGCCUCGCGGUUCUUGCGCGGCGAGUCGUCCGAAAGCGAGGACAGCGACGAGGAUCAACCAAAGACCGUAAAGAGUGCCAAAGACAAACGGUUCGCUGAGCUCGAGGCCACUAUCGAUGCCAUCGAAAAGAAGCAAAAGAUCAGCGACUGGGGUGCCGUAUCAAAUGAGUUUGACAAACUCAACCGUCAGGCCUCCAAGAUGAUCGAUGGCGGCCAGGUUCCCAAGCUCUACAUCAAGGCCAUUGUCGAACUCGAAGAUGCAAUGAAUGAAACCAUCUCGAAACAGAAGGUCACUCCAAAGAAGAUGAAUGCCAUCAGUGCCCGUGGUCUCAACGCCGUCAAACAAAAGAUCAAGAAACUCAAGCAAGACCACCAAACUGAAGUUGAUCGAUAUCGGGAUGACCCACUCGAUUUCCUCGCUUCCGACGAGGAAGAAGAGGAAGUCGUCGCCCCGAAGCCCAAGAAAACAAAAGCCGAGGCCUACACAGAACAGGUUGAACAACAACAAGACGACGAUGGCUUCGAGACCGUCACCAAGGGUGGUCGCACCUUGCAGUUCACGCCCGAAAGCAUCUUCAAACAUUUACGGACUAUCUUGGAGUCUCGUGGAAAGAAGAACACCGACAGGCUCGAGCAGAUACGCAUCAUGGAGAAGUUGCAUGCUGUAGCCAACACACCCUACCAGACUAUCCGUGUUCUUUUGACCCUUGUAUCUGCCAGGUUCGAUCUCGGAACAGGCACAUCUAAUGCUAUGCCUUUAGAGCAAUGGAAAUCUGCUGAGAAGGAGCUCUCAACCUUGUUCGAAGUGCUUGAGAAGAACCGAGACCACAUUGUUCUUGAGAAUGCCGAGGAGUGGGAAGAUGACGAGAAGCCACCCACAAUACAGCCAGGAGAGAAAUAUAUCAAGAUUCCAGGAAGCGUGGUAUCGUAUGUCGAGCGCCUAGACGAUGAGCUUACCCGCUCGUUGCAAAACAUUGAUCCCCACACCUCGGAAUACAUUGAGCGCCUGACGGACGAGGGUGCUUUGUACAAUGUCAUCUUCCGCGGUCUACUCUAUUACGAGACCCUUCGCAAAGAUUCCUCUCUGCAAAUUUCUCAGGACAGCCUGAACCGGGUCCUCAUGCGAAGGUUAGAGCACGUCUACUUCAAACCUGCCCAAGUAGUCAAGAUUCUCGAAGAGAAUGCCUGGAAACCCGUGCCCGCUGACGUCGAGUCCGUCAUCACCCCAAGAGGUAGCAUCACGGAUGCCACGCAGCUGCUUAACGUGCUCUGCAACUACCUUUUCAUUAACAGCGAGGGCAUUAUCCGUGCUCGUGCCAUGCUUUGCCAGAUCUACUUCCUUGCCUUACAUGAUGAAUAUUACAAGGCUCGCGACAUGAUGCUGAUGUCACAUUUGCAAGAGACAAUCAACAGCUUCGAUGUGCAAACUCAAAUCCUCUACAACCGCACUCUCGUACAGGUUGGUCUAUGUGCAUUCCGCAAGGGUCUCGUGUACGACGCACAGAAUACACUUCAAGAAAUUUGUGGUAGUGGCCGACAAAAGGAGCUUCUGGCCCAGGGUGUCAUGAUUCAGCGGUUUGCUCAAGUUUCACCAGAACAAGAACGCCUUGAGAAGCAAAGGCAACUCCCCUUCCACAUGCACAUCAACCUCGAGCUUCUAGAGUGUGUCUAUUUAACAUGCAGCAUGCUGCUUGAGAUUCCUCUCCUAGCUCAGACGGGCUCCUCCCCAGAUAUCAAGAAGCGUGUCAUCAGUAAGACAUAUCGACGUAUGCUCGAAUACCACGAACGGCAAAUAUUCACUGGCCCACCUGAAAACACGCGCGACCACGUCAUGCAAGCAUCCAGGGCGCUAGCCGCCGGAGAGUGGAAGAAGGCUAUUGAUUUUAUUCACAGCAUCAAGAUCUGGGAUUUAAUGCCAAACACGGAUGAGAUCAAAGUCAUGCUUUCUAAACAGAUCCAGGAGGAAGGCCUGCGAACAUACCUAUUCACAUACGCGCCCUUCUACGACACCCUUGCCGUUUCUACCUUGUCGUCGAUGUUUGAGCUAGAUGACCGCAAGGUUGCCUCCAUCGUCAGCAAGAUGAUCAGCCACGAAGAAUUGGCUGCUGCUCUCGACCAGGUCACCUCGACGGUCAUCUUCCGGAAGGGAGUUGAGCUCUCGCGCCUUCAAAGUCUGGCCCUCACAUUGUCAGACAAGGCUGCGGCCCUUAUCGAGACCAAUGAGCGAACGCUCGAGCAACGGACACAAGGCACAGCUAAUGCCUUCGACAGGAGAGGUGGACAAAACCAGCGGGGUGGUCGUGGGGGGGGCCAAAAGACAGGCCGUGGCGGCGCCAGGACAGGUGGGACGGGACAGAGACAAGCUGGCGGAACGCAAUUUACGGGAGGUGUGCUCGGUGGCGCUGUUCGAGGUUAAACGAAUCAUGGGCGUACUUUCUGUGCUUUUCCGUCUCUUUUGUAUCUCGUGUGCAUAUGGCCCAGGUUGCCUUUCGGUGAAAAAGUCUCGUCGGCAAUGGGCCGGUCUGGGGCUAAUCGGACGGUAUGAGUAGCAUAACUACCAAGGGAAUGAAAAUGAUUUGAUCAUAACAUUUUUAAGUUCACAUGUUGAAUGAACAUUGAUA